UGCUUAACCGCGUUACUGUGCGGAGACAGGAGUGGUAUUCCGCGGCCAUCUUCGUGUUAUGGCAUUGAUGGAGUGGCUAUUUAUACACAUUAGCCUUCAGCUUGAGAGUAGAUCGAGGAGAAGAGAUCGAAGACGUUGUGAAGAGAAUUGGAAUUACUGAUCGAAUUUUUUGAUAUAUCUACAAGAGUUUUCAUCACUAGUACAUUGUACAAACUAGUUAGCAAACUAGUCGGGGAUCUGGAAUUGUAAGGAAUGGAAAAUGAAUACUUGGUUGAUAUCUCCGAAGAUGCGGUCGAAACCAGCUUGGAAUAUGAAAAUAUUCAACAACCGCAAAGCUCCUUGCAAAUCAGGGGUAACUUUGGCCGUCCCAACACCGGUCAAUACAAUGAGCAAAGGUUGGUAGCAGAAUGUACCAUCAAUAUCCAAGGGCCUGGGAGUGGUGGAGCCGAAGAAGAAGUAGUAGUGGUGAAAGAGGACGACGACGAAGGAGAAGGAGAAGGAGAAGAAGAAAGAGGUGAGGGUGGAGAAAUAAAAGGAAGAUUUGGAGUCGGAGUCGGAGUUGGAGUUGGAGGAGGAGGACUCGGAGGAGGAAGAGUCCGAGGAGUCAGAGUUGGAGGAGGAGGAGUCGGAGUAAGAAGAAGAGUUGGAGGAGGAGGAGUCGGAGGAGGAAGAGUUGGAGGAGUCGGAGGAGGAGAUCCCAGCUGUAGGGCAACAGAAUGCAUAUUUAGGGUUCCAAAACACACACGAGUAAUUGAGGAAAGAACAACAUAUCCAUCCCCCCCUCAAACUGUGUCAAAUGUACCAGACCCAUCCUCCCCUCAAACUAUCUCAAUUGAACCAGACCCAUACACCCCUCACACUGUCUCUAUUGGGCCAUACCAUUAUGGAAAUCCAAAUUUGUCAGGUAUGGAAUCUCAGAAAAAACAGCUUCUUGCAUCCUUGCUCGUAUGCGAUAUUAGCGAGGAAAUGUGUGGACUUGUUUGCCAGUUAACAGCGGCCAUGAAGGAAUUGGAAGCCGAGGCUAGAAGAUGGUAUCCCUCAACGUCCAACCACAUUCAUAGUGAUACAUUUCGGGAGAUGAUGCUCACCGAUGCCGCCUUCAUCAUUCAUACCUUUCGCUGUUUCGACAGUUGGUGCAAGAAUCCGGGUGAUCCAAAACUGCAAGACAACUCCAUUUUGAAUACACCUUGGAAUGCACCAAAUGUUUGCGAGGAUUUGCUGAUGCUAGAGAAUCAGCUUCCCUUUUUCGUUAUUGUCAAAGUGUAUGCUAUACUGAACAACGAAUCCAACGAAGAAAAAUCAGAAAAUUCUCUGAAGAAGCUGGCGAUGCAGUUCUUCACACUAGUUGAAUUGGGAAGAGCCGACAACAAGGACGAGGACGAGGACGAGGAGGACGACGACGAUGAUUCAGUAAGUGUAGCAAACAAACCCAAACAUUUGCUUGAUUUGUUCCAUAGCAGUUUUGCUGUAGUGGUGGACAAAAAGAAAGAUGCAAAGGCCGCCAAAGAAAAGCAAGAUGCAAAGGCCGCCCAAGAAAAGCAAGAUUAUAUUAAGGAUGACAAAAGCAAGAAGAUGCAAAAGCGCAAGAAGAUGCAAAAGCGCAAGAAGAUGAAUACAUCCUCAUCAUCAUUAUCGUCGCUGUCUGAGCUUCGAAUGAAAACAAAGUGCUGGGUAAGAAGUGCUUCAGCACUGCGUUCAAAUGGAGUGAAAUUCAUCGGAAUCAACAAAGGCAACCCACUGGAUAUUCAAUUCAAUCUCCUCACAGGAAAUUUGAGAGUUCCAACACUUUGUCUCAACGACAAAACUGCCACUGUCCUCAAAAACCUGGUGGCAUACGAGCAAGUGUCGCAUCUACCAAACCCAUAUUUCAUUUGCCUCGCAAUCUUCUUCUCCAAUCUUGCACCCACUGUAGACGACAUCAAACUUCUGAGGGAGGCAAACGUUAUCAACCACCAACCUGAUGAUGGGGCGCUCGUUCUUCUUCUGCGACAACUCUACAAAGCCUCCCAUAAUGGCUUUAAUGCUUGCCUCAUCAACCAUCAUCUUAAACGCAUUGACAGAUACCUUAUAUCUUCUCAAGCCCGGGUUAAGAUUUUCUUGACCCAAAAACGUGGUGCUGCCAACCUCGUGAAACAGAUGAUCGUGUCGGCACUAGUUGUUUUCGUCUUUCAUGGUUACCAAACAUAUAAAAUCAAAUUUUAGUAAUUAGUUAUUAUAUUAUUAGUUUUCUUCAUUUCGUUUUGGUUUAGGCCGGCUUUAUGAUUGUCAUUUCUUGCUUGCAUUUUUUUCCAUUUGCCAUGCUUGCGUCAUUGUUUAUUUAUAUGUGAAUAUAAUAAUGUAUGUAUGUUGUUGCUCCUUGUUUUGCCCUUUAUUGUUAAUGAUGAUCAAAAUGACUUUAUAUUGAAA